AAGCCCUCUACUCGGCCUGAAGCCUCUACUCGUCCUGAUGCCUCUACUCGGCCUGAAGCCUCUACUCGGCCUGAAGCCUCUACUCGGCCUGAUGCCUCUACUCGGCCUGAAGCCUCUACUCGGCCUGAACGCCUCUACUCAGCCGGACGCCGGCAUUCAGCCUGAUGCCUCUACCCAGCAUGAUGAACUGAUCCAGCCUGACGAUCCUAUUAGGCCAGUUGACUCGAUGCCCGCUGUUGAUCCAGAUGAUCCGGUACCUGAUCCGGUGCCCGCUGUCGAGCCAAAUGACCUGAUGCUGUGGUGACCCAGUGCCCGCUGUCGAGCCAGACAAUCCGUACCUGAUGACCCGGUGCUCACUGUCGUGCCUGUUGACUCGGAGCCCACUGCCUUGCCAGAUGACGCGGUGCCCGCUGUCGAGCCAAAUGACCUGAUGCCUGACGAUCCAAUGUCUGACCCAGUGCCCGCGGUCAUACCAGUUGACUCGGAGCCCACUGCCUUGCCAGAUGACGCGGUGCCCGCUGUCGAGCCAAAUGACCUGAUGCCUGACGAUCCAAUGUCUGACCCAGUGCCAGCGGUCAUCCCAGUUGACUCGGAGCCCACGGUUGUGCCUGGUGACUCGGUGCCCGCCGCCCCGCCUGGGGGCUUGAGACCUGUGUUCCGCCUGGGGGUCCGGUGCCCGCCACUCCGCCUGAGGGUCCGAGACCUGUCGCUCCGCCUGGGGGUCCGGCGCCCG